AGGGUAUAAAAGCAACAUAUCAAGCUAGGGGCUGCAGAACAGUGGUUGAACCAACAUGCUGAUGAGAUUAAUGAUGAGGACGGCACAUAUCCACGUAACAGCUGUUUUUCUGGUACUUUCACUCGUUGGAUUGACAACGAGCAAUCCUUGCUCUGGAUCUUGGACAACCCAAAGACCAUGGACCACAUCAAGACCAGUUUCUCUGCAAAAUGGAACAUGCAAUUUUGAUGAUAUUCAGUGUUGGUUCAUACAAAACAGUAAAGAUCAGUUGGAUUUCACUAUUUAUCGUGGAAGCACGCCCAGUGUUGCUACGGGACCUUCCGCUGACUACACCUCUGGACAUGGUAAAUACAUCUAUGCAGAAGCAUCAGGUCAAAUCCCAGGUUCCCGAGCGCGUAUGCAUACGUACCUAUUCUUACGUCACAGCGCUUGUCUUUUCUUUCGCUACCACAUGUUCGGUGCUGAUAUGGGUACACUUAAAGUGUAUGUUAACGACCGAUUGGAGUGGGAACUACACGGUAACCAAGGCAAUCAAUGGACAAAGGCUACUAUUCCUGUUCAAUUAAGUGCUAGUGGAAUGUAUAAGAUUGAAUACGAAGCUGUUAUUGGCAAUUCCUUCAGGUCAGAUAUCGCUCUUGAUGACUUUGGAUUUCAGGAAUACUAUUCCAUUGACAAGGAUGUAUGUGAUAUUACACCGAGCUGUGCUAAGCCUACUGCACAGCCUACUGUCCUUCCCAGUCCUCCACCAACCUUUCCUCCUCACCCUCCUCAAAACGUUAGUUGCGGUGUUCCUGCCAUUCCACCAGCACGUAUCAUUGGAGGUGUAGAUGCGCGCCCAGGGUCCUGGCCGUGGCAGGUUGCAAUAAAGAUCUCUGGUUUUUUCUUCUGUGGUGGAACUCUUAUUGCACCACGAUGGGUUCUAACUGCUGCUCACUGUAUAUUCCAAGGCCUUCCGCAUUCUAGCUACGAAAUUGUUGUUGGAGAACACAACCAAAGCAUAGCUGAAGGAACGGAGCAGUCAGUAUACGCUUCCAACAUCACUGUUCAUCCAAGCUGGAAUGCAACAAGGAUUGAUACUGACAUCGCAUUGAUUUAUCUGUCUCGUCCAGUGAUGAUCAACGAUAGGAUAAAACCAGCCUGUCUUCCUAGACAAGAUGAAAUAGUUCCUCGGAAUGCCAGCUGUUAUAUCACAGGAUGGGGUAAGAUCCAUCACCCUGGUGGUAGCCAUCAUACCUUACAGCAGGCACGUCUUCCACUCGCCAGCAGGAAAUGCUGUCAAAAGAAAGUAGACGCCAGCCCCGCUGUGCCGUCACACAUUAAAAUCACUGACAACAUGAUAUGUGCUGGCAAGAAAGGCUCUAUCAAGAGUGGUUGUCAUGGUGACAGUGGUGGUCCAUUUGUUUGUCAGGCACGUGAUGGUCGAUGGGUCCUCCAGGGUGCUGUUAGCUGGGGUUCUCCACGGUGCGACACAAGAGACGCCUUCAGCGUGUUUGCACGAGUAGCUCGGUUCAGAAAUUGGAUAGAUUACCACAUGAGGUCUGUGCGUUAAUAAACCACAACAGCAACAUAGUUAGGGCUGUAAUACAGAUAGAUAACAUGUAAUGUGAAACAAUAUGGCUUUAAGAAAAAUAAAAAUAUAUAAAAAAUGAUAUCCCAA